UCCCCGUCUCCCUCCCCGCACUGAUAACUAAUGCUGGGUCCGCCCUUCAUCCUCACCCCUGAUCAUUGACCAUUCAGACCUCUUCACUGCUCUACUCAUUAAUCAAUUACAAUUUCACUACGACACUCCACCUCUACACCAGUAUGUCUAAGGCCGUCUUCCUCACCAAGACCGACGGCAAACCCGGCCAAGUCUACUAUCCCCUGUCCGUGCAGACCCGGGCCCAGCCCACCCCGCAGGGCCGCGAGUUACUCAUCAAGGUGACCGCGGCCUCGCUCAACCACCGCGAUGUCUUCCUGCGUCAACAUCUGUAUCCCGGGGUUACAUCUGAUGUGCCCCUUGGCGCGGAUGGCGUUGGGAUCGUCGUCGGCGCGGGCUCAGAUGUUGCUGAUCCGCAGCGCUGGCAGGGAAAGCGAGUGAUCCUGAAUCCCGGGGUGGGAUGGGACAGCUCGCCUGAUGGGCCGGAGGAUCCCAAGGGGUAUCGGAUCAUGGGCGGGACCAAAUUGUACAACAAGGGCACGUUGCAGGAGUAUUUGACUCUCGAAGAGUCGGAGGUCGAGGAGGCACCGGAGCAUUUGUCGGAUGCGGAGGCCGCGGCGCUUCCGCUCACUGGAUUGACUGGGUGGAGGGCGUUGGUGGUGAAGGCCGGGGAGAGGAACUCGGGCAAGGGAGCGGCGGUUCUGGUGACGGGGAUCGGAGGUGGUGUGGCUCUCAUGGUGUUGCGGUUUGCCGUGGCGAGAGGGGCCGACGUGUAUGUGACCAGUUCGAGCGAGGAGAAGAUUCAAAAGGCAAUUGAGCUGGGUGCAAAGGCUGGUGUGAAUUAUAAGGAGGAAAGCUGGGAGAAGAAGUUGUUGAAUUUGCUCCCCCCUGGCAAGGCGGCUUUCGAUGCGGUUAUCGACGGUGCUGGAGGCGAUACGAUCGAAAAGGCUGUCAAGUUACUCAAGGCUGGCGGGAUUCUCUCCGUCUAUGGAAUGACGGUUGCUCCUAAAAUGCCGUUCCUGAUGCAGGCGGUGCUGAAGAAUAUUGAGGUUCGUGGUUCCACGAUGGGCUCGCGCAAAGAGUUCGGAGAAAUGGUGGAGUUUGUCAGGACGCAGAAGAUCCAGCCCGUCGUCUCGCGUGUGCUUCAGAGUGACCUGAGCGAUAUUCCGGCACUCGACGAUCUUUUCCAGGAUAUGAAGGAGGGCAAACAGUUCGAUCUCUUCCGUUACUUCUUUCUCGGCGUUGAAUUAUGGCGCAUAAUCACGUUUGCUCUUUCCCUGUGUCGAUGCGCUGCUGCGCUGUCGCACGGUCAACCGUGUUUUCACCUAAGCCUGACCCUCCAUAACAUCAUUACACACAGUGCCAUCGUUAUUUAGUUAGCAGCACAGUUCAUCUUUCAUACCAAAGAAGACUCCCGAACCACUCAUUCAUCCUUUAGCCUCUAGUCCUUCGAUUUCCUGCGACCGAAUCACCAUCAUGGACGCCGAGCUUGUCCUGCGAUAUGGACCUGGCAUGUCCUUCUAUCGGGCUCAGAUACAGUCGGAAGAAGACCUGACACAUGCUGAUAGUAAUUCCUCAAACUUAUCCCUGAAGGUAGGUUAGCUCAGUCAAGCUCGAGAAAACAAGGCGAAGAA